AUGUCUCGCCCAGAAACCAGCACUUCGACCUCUACUACCGCUCAGAAUGGCACCAGUGGCACUGCCCCUCUUACCCAAGCCAAUGUCAAUCAAGUUCCACGCGCAAGCCGCAGCAGUGUUGAGCGAUUUGCCAGAGCUCCAGCUUCCGAGGGCCCCUACUUUAUUGGAGCUGUUUCUGCGGACCGAGCUUCCCAUCUCGCCCUCGCAAACCAAGGCAACGCCAAGUAG